CUCUCUCAUGUCAUGUCAUGCAAGUAGCACCAAGCUUUUAACCCCUCUCACUACCCUUCACCCUGCGACAUUUGUUUCUCUUCGCCAGCUCAUUCAUCCCCAAAAACACACAACUCCAACCCCAACCCCCCUCUCUCUUUUUCUCUCAACGUAUUCUCCACCAGAUCUCCGGGAGUAACCCCAUAAAGAUGCGUGAUCUUUCGUUUAGACCUCUUAUAAAAUAAAAAUCUCCUCAGACAACAACCAGCUCUCUUCAACAUUACCCUUAUGCUCCUUUUUUCUUGUUGAUUCGAUUUUUCUCUUGGGUUUUCGGGGUUCUUUGUUUUUUUUUUUUUUGAGGAAACCUAAUAAGGGAGUGAGCGUGCGUGUGUGUGAACCACUGGGGGGGUUUGUUAGUGAGAGAAAAUGGAGAAUGGGGUAGACAGAGAAAGUGGGUCGAUGAUUUUUAGCGAAGAGGAGUUGAGUGAGGUAAGUGGAUUGAAGAAAGGAGGAGAUUUUAUAGAAGUGACAUGUGGGUGUACCAGCCAUAGAUAUGGUGAUGCUGUUGGCAAGCUUAGGGUUUUCUCUAAUGGUGACCUUGAAAUCACCUGUGAAUGCACCCCUGGUUGCAAUGAAGAUAAGUUGACUCCUGCUGCGUUUGAGAAGCAUUCUGGAAGAGAGACAGCUAGAAAGUGGAAAAAUAAUGUUUGGGUGAUAGUUAACGGGGAGAAGGUUUCAUUAUCAAAGACUUCAUUGCUGAAAUACUACAACCAAGCAUCUAAAAAUGCCAAUGGUACUCACAGAUCCCAUAAUGGAAGAGUUUGUCAUCGUGAUGAGUUUGUUUGCUGUAGCAGGUGUAACAAGGAGAGAAGAUUUCGAUUGCGAACAAAAGAGGAAUGUCGGAUUUACCAUGAUGCUUUAGCAGAUGUGAACUGGAAAUGUUCUGAUCUUCCAUAUGACAGGCAAUUUGACAACUAUGCUACAUUUAAUCCCCGGGCUUUGUGUAAAGCUGGAUACCAUAAUGAGAAGUAUAAAAUCUUACUGUUUCAUCUAUCGGAACGCGAAAUGACAUUCCUAUAUGCUCAUAUUGGAACCGUCAGUUAAGGAGGUUACAAGAAAUGAAUUGGGCUUCAUUGAGUGUCCUUCAGAUCAGAGGAAAUUUGCAGUCAAACACUCUAUUUGGGGCAUUACUGCAUCAUGUGAAAUGGUGACAGGUUAUUUUUCAAAGUUUAUGAAACUGGGGCUGUGAGUUAUAUAGGUCUUUCUCAAGGAAGGGUUCUAGAUGUCCUAUUUGACAUAUUCAAAAAUUCCAUUCCUUUCUUGAUAUGCCAGAUUUGUUUCGUUGGUAGUAUCAUGAAAAAACUGCCAGGUAUUUUUUACUUGUGUAUCUUGCUUAAAUUUUUGGAUCCAAAAGAUGUUUUACUUGCCUGUGCAACUAGAAGCAGUAGGUCUAUAAGUACCAGAUAUGUUUUCCUUGCAUGCUGUUAAGUCCUACCAUUCUAGCUUUCAUGUUUGUUUGAUUGUCGCCCGUGGUGUUUUGCUCAACUUAUGCAUUAACUUUCACACCUUAACUUUUUUUGCUGAAAAUGCUUUUAGUUGGCAAGUUCAUAAAAAUUAUAUAAUCUACCAGAACAUGCAGUUUUGCUAUCAAUUGGCUGACCAAGCUGAAAUUUUCUGGCUCUGUUUUGAGUUGUGUUCUUGAAUACCACCAACUUUUCUUUUUUGAAUUGAGUGGGAGAGGGGGCAAAGAGUUCUGACAAAGUAGACAGUUUUCCAAUUUUAUUCCAUGAUGCUCUGAUUUGUUAUUAGUAAUGAUAUGAAAGCAAAUGCUGAGAGAGGACUUUCUUCAUUGUUAGGAUUUUAUAUGAACAUUUUAAGGGUUUUGGACAGAAAUUUUAAGCCCAAUUGACUCUUUCAGGUGGUUAUAAGUGAUGCUAUGCUGAAUUUGCUUGCUUGCAAAUGUAGAAUACUCUCAUCAUUUGCAAUAUGUUAUGGCAAGUGGGCAACAUACUCUUUAGUUUAUAAUUAACUUAU